CAGAGGGGUGGCGCCUUUGGCUUUUCCAUCCACUGCCUUAAUUCCCAUGUUGAUGUUUUUUCUAGUUUCUCCUUGGAACAAGAUGACUGAUGGAAACCUUUCCAGCUCUACAAAUGGCGUAGCCUUGAUGGGGAUUCUGGACGGUCGGCCAGGAAACCACAUUCAGAACCUGCAACACUUGAAUCUCAAGGCGCCCAGAUCCCUCUCGUUGCCUGAGUAUGGGCCCAAGCUGAAACUGGGGGCCUUAGAUCAGCACAGCCUGCAGUCCGUGGACUCGGGCAUUCCUACCCUAGAGAUCGGCAACCCGGAGCCCGUGCCCUGCAGUGUGGUCCAUGUGAAAAGGAAGCAGUCCGAGUCGGAGAUAGUCCCUGAGCGGGCCUGCCAGAGUGCAUGCCCGCUGCCCUCCUAUGCACCCCCAGCUCCCACCAGUGCGGAGCGGGAGCAGAGCGUGCGGAAGUCCUCCACAUUUCCUAGGACAGGCUAUGACUCGGUGAAGCUCUACAGCCCCACCUCCAAAGCCCUGAACCGCAGUGACGAUGUCUCCAUCUGCAGCGUGUCCAGUCUUGGCACAGAGCUGUCUACCACACUGUCAGUCAGUAAUGAGGACAUCUUGGACCUCAUGGUCACAAGCAGCUCCAGUGCCAUCGUGACCCUGGAGAAUGAUGAUGACCCGCAGUUUACUGAUGUCACCUUGAGCUCCAUCAAGGAAACUCAUGACCCACACCAGCAGGAUUGUGCUGAUGAAAUCGCAGAGGGAAGUAAAUUAAAAAAACUGGGACCAUUUAGUAACUUCUUUACAAGGAAUUUGCGUGCUAGAAAACAAAAUGCAAGACUUGACAAACAAAAUGACUUGGGAUGGAAGUUAUUUGGAAAAAUACCUCUCCGAGAGAAUGCUCAGAAAGAGUCAAAGAAAAUGCAAAAGGAAUGUGAAGACAAGGCUGGACGACCUAGCAGGCCGCCCUCCCCAAAGCAGAACGUGAGGAAGAACCUUGAUUUUGAGCCACUUUCUACCACUGCACUCAUCCUGGAAGACAGACCCGCAAAUCUCCCGGCGAAGCCAGCUGAAGAAGCUCAGAAACACAGACAGCAGUAUGAAGAAAUGGUGGUUCAGGCAAAAAAACGAGAGCUGAAGGAAGCCCAGCGGAGGAAAAAGCAGCUGGAAGAACGAUGCCGACUAGAAGAAAGCAUUGGAAACGCGGCCCUUACUUGGAAUAAUGAGAUCUUGCCCAACUGGGAAACCAUGUGGUGCUCUAGGAAAGUUCGAGACUUAUGGUGGCAGGGGAUCCCUCCCAGUGUGAGAGGCAAAGUCUGGAGCUUAGCCAUUGGCAACGAGUUAAACAUCACCCAUGAGCUCUUCCACAUCUGCCUCGCCCGAGCCAAGGAGAGGUGGCGGUCCUUCAGCACAGGCGGCGCUGAGGUGGACAGUGAAGAUGCCGCAUUUUCAGCAGCAGACAGAGAAGCCAGCCUGGAGCUGAUUAAACUGGACAUUUCUAGAACAUUCCCUAACCUCUGCAUUUUCCAGCAGGGCGGCCCGUACCAUGACAUGCUGCACAGUAUUUUGGGCGCUUAUACUUGUUACCGACCGGAUGUGGGCUAUGUUCAGGGCAUGUCCUUUAUUGCUGCGGUGUUGAUCUUGAACUUAGAUACUGCAGAUGCCUUCAUCGCUUUUUCUAACCUUUUGAAUAAACCCUGUCAGAUGGCGUUUUUCCGAGUGGACCAUGGCCUUAUGUUGACUUAUUUUGCUGCAUUUGAGGUGUUCUUUGAAGAAAAUUUACCAAAAUUAUUUGCUCAUUUCAAGAAAAACAACUUAACUCCAGACAUCUACCUAAUUGAUUGGAUCUUUACCUUGUACAGCAAAUCUCUGCCCCUCGACCUGGCCUGUCGCAUAUGGGACGUGUUCUGUCGUGACGGGGAGGAGUUCCUGUUCCGCACGGCCCUGGGCAUCCUCAGGCUAUUCGAGGACAUCCUGACCCGGAUGGACUUCAUCCACAUAGCCCAGUUCCUCACCAGGCUGCCUGAGGACCUGCCCGCAGAGGAGUUCUUUGCUUCCAUAGCUGGGAUUCAGAUGCAAAGUCGAAACAAGAAGUGGGCUCAGGUGCUGACUGCACUGCAGAGGGACAGCCGGGAAAUGGAGAAAGGAAGCCCGUCGCUCAGACAUUGAGGCAGCAGGGAGGCUGCCGAGCAUCACAGAAACCACUUUCUGCCUCGACCUUAAAUGUUGACUUGCCCGAGCUCUGGGAUGAGGUCUUCCCUGAGGUCUGAGCUCCUUCCAGACACAGCUGGUCCCCGACGCCAUGAUGCUGAAUGUAACCAGCCUGAGCCGUCCCCCAUAGGUGUGCCCGUUUCCUUCUGUGACGUGGGCUUCCUGUUCCUGAAAGAUGUCUUUUCUUAACGUCCAUAAGGAUGCUCCUAAGUCCUGACAGAAAGUGGUGCAGCCGGGGGGUUCGCGCCCUUCAGGACGCACUUGUGCAUUCAGACCCAGCCCUGAAUGAUCUUUGUCGGGUUGACACCGCUUUGGAUAGCACCAAGUUGCAUUUAAGUUUUUAAACAGGAUUCCAUGUCAUCUGAGUACUUACAUCUCUAGUUCAAGUUUUCAUGACCUGUUCAGGGGCCGGGAAGUUCUCAACCCCAUAUGGCCCCUCUCCACAGAGGGCUGCUUGGGAGCACAGGGCUGUGCCUCUCUGUCAACUAGGAAAACUGGAAACAAACUGCGAGGUAACACCACCCCUUGGGAGGCCCACACCUCCUGCUCCCUGGCUUCCACCUCUGCAGCUGCAUCAGGCAAAAGCUGCUGCCCGCCAGGCCUCGGAAUCUCUAGAAACAAGUUCACUUUAAAAGACACUUUGUAUCUGCUCAGUUUUGACUAUUUUAAAUAGUUUGCCGACAGGAAACUCCUGGUAACACUUGCUACAUAUCAUGUGUUAAUUGCCUGUACAGUUAACCUUUAAUCUUAUUUAGUGAAGUGUAUCAAAUUAGGACUUUUUGAAUUGUAAAUAUAUGGUUUUAUUAAAUAAAAGUCAUGUAAAAUUGUUGCUUA